CGGCAGGGAAGGAGCACCGAGAUGGGUGGGAUAGUUAUCUCAUGCAAUAACCUGAUGAUGAAGGAACACUUUACUCGAUUGGAGGGGGAGUUGAGCAUCUACUUGAUGAGUUAUUCGAUUCUAACCGAAGAUGCAAAUUAUUGUUUCAGGCAAUGGACGGCAUCAUGUCCGUCGAGGAAGUCGGUCUGUGCCCUGCUUCGGGUGGCGAGAGUGCUUUUCCGCGAUCGCAAUUGCAUCGACGUCUUCCAUUCCAUAGGAGAACACUCCAAUUACAUUCAGGUACUGCUGUUUACUCCUGCUGACUUAAAUGAAACUCGUUCAGAUGUAACGCAGAAAUUGAUACAUGACGCCGAGACUGCUGCGUUGUUUGUCCGCGCACAGAUCGCUAAGUGCAUGCUUCGCUUUCUGAACUGCCGUGAAAUGACCAUUCAACAAGGAGCUCUGGAGAUUCUUGGCCGAGUUGCUGACUGGUCAGCUGUUUGUCGUGUGGAGUUAUGUGCCUCAACUGCUAUUGAUGUAUGCCUGCAGCUUGUUCCGCAGGGAGACCUGCUGACUCAAAAGCUAUGCGUAAGCCUUCUUCGAAUUCUUUCAUGUGAAGAACAAGCUCGAGAGCAGAUUCGUAUAUACGAUGGAGUUCCUCUACUGGUUGGAUUACUGUCAGUAAGGAACUCACGACUUCAGUGGCAUGUUGCGUGGUCAUUGGCUCAACUAGCGGAAGAUCCGGAGACUUCUACCGAGAUUGCACAGCUGGGCGGUAUAUCUCUUAUUUUGGCCGAGUUCGUCGAUCUGAAGGCACCAGCAAAAGCACUCAAUGACUGGAUUGCAAUGAUCACAGGGCUAUGUGCACUGCUUGCUCAACUUUGUCAAUGCGAUUCGAACCAGUACCAUCUAGUAAACAACAAUGGGAUCUACCUACUUGGCAAAGCUCUGCUGUUUACCAACUGCACCCCAGACUUAUCCGCUACAAUCACUACACGGUUUCAGUGCUCGAUAUUUCGUGUACUACGCAUCUUAUUCUCUUUGGAGCGGAAUCGUGGACUUUUCAAGAAGGUCUUCCCCAUCGCGUUCUUCGAGCAGUUCAUCGACAUUGGUCACUACGUUCAAGACCUGUCUGCCUAUCGACCACUUGCCGUCGAGUACUCCAAACUCAUUGAGAGCUCCACAGCCUCAGAAUUGCAAGCCUCAUGGGAAGGUGUAAAUCAGAAGCGUGCGCCAAUCGGUCGAGUGGCUGAAUACGACCUGCUUGACCAGCUCGGUGCUGGGGCUUUUGGCUGUGUCUACACUGUUCGGAAGCGUGGAACGGUCACUGAUAACGGCUCUCCACAGUAUUACGCACUCAAGGAGAUAUUCGUGGUGCAACUGAAUAUCGAGGACGACAAGAGCUUUGGAGACGUCAUCAGCGAAGUGAAGAUCAUCAAACAGCAGCUUCGUCACCCAAAUAUCGUACGAUAUCGACGGAUUUUCGUCGAAAAUCAUCGCCUUUACAUACUGAUGGACUUGAUCGAAGGGGCCUCACUGAAAGAACACAUCACAUCGGUUAAAGAGAAACGUCAGACAUUUUCCGAAGACCGAAUUUGGAACAUUGUCAUCCAAAUGGUGCUGGCACUGCGAUAUCUGCAUAAGGACAAGCAAAUCGUUCACCGGGAUCUGAAGCCGAAUAACAUCAUGAUAGCGGAGAAUGACAGAGUGGUCGUAACGGAUUUUGGCCUUGCCAAAAAGCGUGGCAGUGAAUACUUGAACUCAGCUGCAGGAACCAUUGUUUACAGUUGCCCUGAAAUUGUACAAAAUAUGGGAUAUGGUGAGAAAGCGGAUGUCUGGUCGUUUGGGUGUUGCGUCUACGAGAUGACCGAACUUCGUCCACCAUUCUACUCACAGAACAUGCUUGCAUUGGCCACACAAAUCGUCGAAGGGAAGUACAACCCCAUUGGUCCUGAGCGAAGCAAAGAGCUUUCUGAGCUGAUCACCUCAUGCCUAACUGUUUCGCCGGCUUCUCGACCAGACAUUCUGGAAGUAGCUCGUAUCGCCGCCUCGAGGAUGUUGCUCUGUCUCGACGAUAUCUUCAGAAUGCACGUCUCUAAAGCGAAAGCGUUGCAAGAAAAACCCAGCUUUCAACAAAAGAGGUGCGAAAAAUUGUCUGACAACAUGAAGCCAUUUCAUCUAGCUCGAAGAUGGUCUCCUAUAAAUAGACUACUCGGAAAAGGGCAUAGCAGCCGAUUUGAGAAUUAUCUGCUCAUUCUAGCCAUCAAAUCCUUAUCUGCUGGGCAAUCUAGUCGAAAUUUACCAAGCAGCACAUCAUGCUUCUUACCAAAGAUUGGAGGUUCAGGGCGGGUAAGUACCGUACUUCAUACUUGUUACCUUGCUGUUCCAAGAGGGUCUGACCGUACGGUACGCAAUUACAAUAUGCAUGGGUAUGGUAAUGUUGAAGGCUGCUGCUUCGUUUUCAGAUCCGCUUCGUUACAACCGAUCAGCGACCCACUAUUGGACAUUCUAUCGCAGAUUCACAAAAUAAUCAUGAUUAGUCCUUCUGAGUCAACGAAUCACAAGAGACGAGUUGUGGAGCAGUUUCGCAGACGGAUUUUCAGCCCCACAAGUAACGCUGAGAUGAUCAAGAAGCACCUUCGAAAGGUAAAAGGAGCUCGAAAAAGGACGAUAUUGCCAAGGUUUGAGUUUGACUUUUCCUAUUUUCUUGAAAUUUCAGAUCACAAAAUCCCUCGUAUAACGUACGAGCAGCUGUCAGCAUGCAUUCAACGUGUCCUCGAAGAGAACCCAUAG